GACACCGGGGCGCGGGGCUCUAAAGGACGGCGCGGCUCCGCGUCCCGCAGACGGCCAUGGCCGCCGCCGCGCAGUAUCUACCGCGCUCAGCCGCGCUGCUGCACCCGGACGGUGACCGGCUGCAUCAGGGCACCACGUACCGCGAGGUGCAGAAGAUGAUGCACCACGAGUACCUGCAGGGUUUGGCUCCUGCCGCCGCCGGGCACGCCGUCGGGUUGGCGCACCAUCAGUGGUUGCCCAGCGCCGGUACGGAUUGGGGUAGUGGUGGUGGAGGAGGAGGCGGUGCGCACCUUCAACCGGCUGCCGAGCACGGGAAGGGCGGCCCGGGAGGACCCCGCGAGGAGCUGCCCCCCGCCGCUGCCUUCCACCCGCGGCCGCACUUGGUGCCGCAGCCCGGCGGGUGGGCGCAGGGAGCGGGGCCGCCCCCUCACCUGCCCCCGAUGUCGCCGCCGUCGGGGCAGCCGCUGCUUUACGGGCAGCCGUACGGCGGCAUCAAUGGGAUGCUGGGACCGCCCGGCCCCGCGCUGCACCACGGGCACGGGCUGCGAGACCCGCUGGGAGCCGAGGAGGCGGCGGGACACGAGCUGGCGGCUUCUCCGCCGCCGCCGCUGGGGCCGCCCGAACCGUCGGAUGAGGAUGCGCCGAGCUCCGACGACCUGGAGCAGUUCGCCAAGCAGUUCAAGCAGCGGCGCAUCAAGCUGGGCUUCACUCAGGCCGACGUGGGGCUGGCGCUCGGUACCCUGUACGGGAACGUCUUCUCGCAGACCACUAUCUGCCGCUUCGAGGCGCUGCAGCUGAGCUUCAAGAACAUGUGCAAGCUGAAGCCUCUGCUCAACAAGUGGCUGGAGGAGACGGACUCCAGCACGGGCAGCCCCACCAACCUGGACAAGAUCGCGGCGCAGGGCAGGAAGCGCAAGAAGCGCACCUCCAUCGAGGUGGGCGUCAAGGGCGCCCUGGAGAACCACUUCCUCAAGUGCCCCAAGCCCUCGGCGCACGAGAUCACCUCCCUGGCGGACUCCCUGCAGCUGGAGAAGGAGGUUGUGCGGGUCUGGUUCUGCAACCGGCGGCAGAAGGAGAAGCGAAUGACGCCGGCCGGGCUCCCUCACCCGCCCAUGGAGGACGUUUACUCACAGGCGGACACUUCGCCGCUGCACCACGCGCUGCCCGGUUCCGUGCCGUGACCGCCGGCCCCGCCGCUGGGCCCCGACGGCGGCGGCGGAGCGGGCGCGGGCGGCGGGACUCGCUCCGGUUCCUUCCUUCCUUCCUUUCUUCCUCGGACUGGCCCGGCCCGGCCGCCCUCCCCAGCCCUAUUUAUUCGGGCGCCGGAGCCGCUCGGGGCCGCAGCAGAAGUAGCCAAAGGUUUGCGAUCUCUAAUUUAUUCCCUCCCGCGGGGCCCCCGGCUCCGGCCCGGCCGUAGGAUGCGGCAAUGCCCGUCCCGGCCUCUUUCUAUUUAUUUUCUAACCGUGCGCGGAGCUCUCUCCCUCCCGUUGGUAGGUUCGGUUCGGUUCACCCCCCCAUACCUCCCCCCCUUUCCCCUUUGGUUUCGGUUUUUGUUUUUUUUGUUUUGUUUUGUUUUUCGUUUGUAUCUUUAUUGCAAAACCAAUGUAGACUGCGAGGGUACGUUUCUAUUUAUGUUAUAGUAAAUAUUUUAUUACUUACAUAAACCAUUUACCCAGGAA